CGGGCCGGGGUGCGGACUCCGGGGCCUGCGGGCGCCGGGCCCGAAGAAGCCGGCGUGGUCGCGUGGCCGGUGGUCUGUGUCCGGGCGGCCGGGUAGCGGCGCCGGGGUCUGGCGGCCGGAGGCCCGAGGCCGGGCCUGGGUCCCGGGCGCCGGCCCGUCAGCCCCGCCGCGGCCGCCAUGUGGUGCCUGCACUGCCACUCGGAGCGGACGCAGUCCCUGCUGGAGCUGGAGCUCGACAGCGGCGUCGAGGGCGAGGCCCCCAGCAGCGAGACGGGCACCUCCCUGGACAGCCCCUCCGCCUACCACCAGGGCCCCUUGGUGCCCGGUUCCAGCCCGAGCCCGGACCACUACGAGCACGCGCCGCUGGGGGCCUAUGGGCUGUACCCGGGCCUGCCGGGGCAGCCGCGCGCGCGGAGGCCCAAGCUGCAGCACUCGGCGUCCAUCCUGCGCAAGCACGCCGAGGAGGAGGCCAUCAAGCGCUCGCGCUCCCUGUCCGAGAGCUAUGAGCUCUCCUCCGACCUGCAGGACAAGCAGGUGGAGAUGCUAGAACGCAAGUAUGGAGGUCGCCUCGUGACCCGCCAUGCGGCCCGCACCAUCCAGACCGCGUUCCGCCAGUACCAGAUGAACAAGAACUUCGAGCGCCUCCGCAGCUCCAUGUCGGAGAACCGCAUGUCUCGCCGGAUCGUGCUGUCCAACAUGAGGAUGCAGUUCUCCUUUGAGGGGCCCGAGAAGGUGCACAGCUCCUACUUCGAGGGCAAGCAGGUCUCCGUGACCAACGACGGCGCUCAGCUGGGCGCCCUAGGGCCCUCGGAGCGCGAGGGCCUCGGGGAGCCCGCCCUCAAGUCCCCAGCCCCCUCCAGCGACUUCACCGACGCCAUCACGGAGCUGGAGGACGCCUUCUCCCGGCAGGUGAAGUCCCUGGCCGAGUCCAUCGACGACGCCCUGAACUGCCGCAGCCUCCACGCGGAGGAGGGGCCGGCCCAGGAGGCGGCCAGGGCCCGGGACGCGGAGCCGCAGGCCGCGCUGCACGGCCUGGACCGCCACCAGCUGGACGAGAUGACCGCCUCCUACAGCGACGUCACCCUGUACAUCGACGAGGAGGAGCUGUCCCCGCCGCUGCCGCUCGCGCCCUCCGGGGACGGGCCGCCCGGCGCCGAGCCCGACCUGCGCCUGCGGGUGGGCGGCGCCGCCCAGGACUACUGGGCCCUGGCCCACAAGGACGAGAAGGCCGACACGGACACGAGCUGCCGCAGCACGCCGUCGCUGGAGCGGCGGGAGCCCCGGCUGCGCGUGGAGCGCCUGCCCCUGCUCACCGUCGAGCCCCCCAGCGACAGCUCGGUGGACCUCAGCGACCGCUCGGACCGCGGCUCGCUCACGCGGCACGGCGCCUACGAGCGCGGCCUCGGCCAGCCCGCCAGCCCCAAGCACGGCCCCCUCGGGGGCGCCCCCAAGGGCCCGCCCCGGGACGACCCCGAGCUGCGGCCCGGCCCCCCCCGGCCCCUGGAGAGCCACCUGGCCAUCAACGGCUCGGCCAAUCGGCAGAGCAAGUCCGAGUCGGACUACUCGGACGGGGACAACGACAGCAUCAACAGCACGUCCAACUCCAACGACACCAUCAACUGCAGCUCCGAGUCCUCCUCCCGGGACAGCGUGCGGGAGCAGACGCUCAGCAAGCAGACCUACCACAAGGAGGCCCGCCACAGCUGGGACUCGCCGGCCUUCAGCAACGACGUCAUCCGCAAGCGCCACUACCGCAUCGGGCUGAACCUCUUCAACAAGAAGCCUGAGAAGGGCGUCCAGUACCUCAUCGAGCGCGGCUUCGUGCCCGACACCCCCGUGGGCGUGGCCCACUUCCUGCUGCAGCGCAAGGGCCUCAGCCGCCAGAUGAUCGGCGAGUUCCUGGGCAACCGGCAGAAGCAGUUCAACCGCGACGUGCUGGACUGCGUGGUGGACGAGAUGGACUUCUCUGCCAUGGAGCUGGACGAGGCGCUCAGGAAGUUCCAGGCACACAUCCGCGUCCAAGGGGAGGCCCAGAAGGUGGAGCGGCUCAUCGAGGCCUUCAGCCAGCGGUACUGCAUCUGCAACCCCGGGGUGGUGCGGCAGUGGAACCCGGACACCAUCUUCAUCCUGGCCUUCGCCAUCAUCCUGCUCAACACCGACAUGUACAGCCCCAACGUCAAGCCCGAGCGCAAGAUGAAGCUGGAGGACUUCGUCAAGAACCUCAGAGGCGUGGACGACGGGGAGGACAUUCCUCGGGAGAUGCUGAUCGGGAUCUACGAGCGGAUCCAGCGCGAGCUGAAGACCAACGAGGACCACGUGUCCCAGGUGCAGAAGGUGGAGAAGCUCAUUGUGGGCAAGAGCCGGUACAUUGGGUCUCUUCAUCACGGACUCGGCUGUGUGUUGUCUCUGCCCCAUCGGCGACUGGUCUGCUACUGCCGACUCUUUGAGGUUCCAGACCCCAAUAAGCCCCAGAAACUUGGGCUGCACCAGCGGGAAAUCUUCCUCUUUAACGACCUCUUGGUGGUCACCAAGAUCUUCCAGAAGAAGAAGAACUCGGUGACGUACAGCUUCCGGCAGUCCUUCUCCCUGUGUGGCAUGCAGGUCCUGCUCUUCGAGAACCAGUAUUACCCGCACGGCAUCCGCCUCACCUCCGCCGUUCCCGGGGCCGACGUCAAGGUGUUGAUCAACUUCAACGCGCCCAACCCUCAGGGGAAGAAGUUCACCGACGACCUGCGGGAGUCGGUGGCGGAAGUGCAGGAGAUGGAGAAGCACCGGAUAGAGGCCGAGCUGGAGAAGCAGAAGGGCGUGGUGCGCCCCAGCAUGUCCCAGUGCUCCAGUCUGAAGAAGGAGCCGGGCGCGGGGACGCUGAGCCGGGCCUGCCUGGACGACAGCUACGCCAGCGGCGAGGGCCUCAAGCGCAGCGCCCUCAGCAGCUCCCUGCGCGACCUCUCGGACGCGGGGAAGCGAGGGCGUCGCAGCAGUGCGGGAUCGCUAGAGAGCAAUGUGGAAGGGUCCAUCAUUAGCAGUCCUCACACGCGCCGGAGAGCGACUUCGACGCGAGAGUGCCCGUCCCGCCCCCCCCAGGCCGCGCCCAACUCCUCCUCCCUCCUGGGCUCCCUGUUUGGGAGCCGGAGAGGGAAGCCCCCGCCCCAGGCCCCCCCGCCCCCCGCCCACCCCGCCGGCCACCUCCCCGGGCCCCUCGAGGGCCCCCCGCCGGCCCCGGCCCACGGGCCCCACGCGCAGUACUGCCACAUGCAGAACCCGCCGCCCUACCACCACCACCACCACUACCACCCGCCCUCCCACCUGCAGCACCAGCACCACCACCACGGACCCCACGGCCACUACGGGGCCCACGCCCACGGCCACCCCCCGCUGCCCCCCGCCCACGGCGGGCACCCCGCGCACCACCACGGGCAGCCCCCCGCGCCGCCGCCCCCCGCCGGCAGCAAGGCCAAACCCAGCGGCAUCAGCACAAUCGUGUAGGCGGCCGGGGGCCGCCACCCCAGAGCCGCCCGCACCGGGGCGCCGGCCGACCACGCCCCUCCUCCGCCCGGACGGCCUGGAGCCCCGGCCGGCGCCCGCGGGAGCACAGCUCCCGACGCGACCCAGCCCCGCGCCUCGGGCGCUCCCCCCGCCCCACAGGGGGGCCCGAGGAGCCCCAGUAGACACAGACCCGCCCCCCGCGCUCUGCCCUCGCCACACACACCGGACACCCCACGUAGAGACAGAGACAGGGGAGGCCCAGAAGCAGACAGGACAGACCUUAACCCAGAACUUGCUGCAUCCCUGCUCUGUUCUUGACCCUGGCAAAACAAACUAAGUAGACCUGAAAUGGUUGAUGAAACUACGUAAGUAACUUUAUAUAAUAUAAAUAUAUAAAUAUAUAAAUAUAUAAAUACAUCUGCUGUAUAGGUGGUGUGUGUCUGAGACGCGCAUCCGGCCCGCGCUGGCCACGCAGACCUCGGCUCCCGCGGGAGGCCGAGCCCGGGCCGGUGUGCGCGGU